AUGAACAAAUCAGCUUGGAGUGGAAAACAACCACUAGGUCAAGGUUACCUAAAAUCCAAGUCAAGGUCAUUUAUAUCAUGUAUUGGUGGCCAGAUUUGGAAGCCAAAUCCAUUCAAUUCCAACCAACUCAUCCUCUCCCGCAUCCAUGUCCUACAAACCCAUCCCCCACCCCCACAUCCCACACCCCAUCCCCUGCCCCCACAUCCCCCACCCCCACCUCCAACAUCCCCCACCCCCACAUCCCACACCCCAUCCCUGCCCCCACAUCCCCCACCCCCACCUCCAACAUCCCCACCCCCACCCCCAAAUCCCACACCCCAUCCCUGCCCCCACAUCCCCCUCCCCCACCUCCAACAUCCCCCACCCCCACCCCCAAAUCCCACACCCCAUCCCCUACCCCCACAUCCCCCACCCCCACCUCCAACAUCCCCCACCCCCAUCCCACUAACUAUAUUCCCCACCCCCACCACCCCAACCCCCACAUCCCACUAA